AGACUGGGAUGAAAGCACAACUUGAGGGAGCUUCACUAUAAUCUACCAGGUAGUGUGUGCCAUAGCCGCCUCCAGAGCGUUCUGGCUCCAACGACCCAGCCGGGCAUGCCGUUUAGCCAAGGGUCAGCCAUACAUGCCAUAGUGCAGGUACAGCCAAUGGGGCCACAGGUGCUGGAUCUCAACGUUCCAGCACCUCCCUCGCUUGAUGGCCACAUUGACAUGACGCUGUUGGAAUUUCCCGAGGUUGAGGAAAUUCCGGAAGAGACGCCUGCAGUUCAGCAGAAGCAGGAGUUCAGACGGAAGCAACGCGAGGUGAAAUUGUAUAAAUUCUUCAAGCCGCACGUCGUAACGGCGAGCAAUGUGAACGCGCCGCUGGACGGCCCGGCGAAGCGCUUCACUUUUGGGUCGAUCUUGUCGAUCUUCAGUUGUUCAUCCACUGAGAAGCUUUGGCCGCUACAUAUGGCAGCGAAAGCAGAGUACCUUGAAAUCGUGCGAAUUCUUCUGAAGAUGCGUGCCGACCCAAUGCAGAAAAGCUCUCACGGGCGAACUGCUUUGCAGAUGGUGAUUGCGAAAGACAUGGCUCGCAUCAAGGAGACAGCUCGACGACCCGACAAUUCGCAGCAAAUCAAAAUGCUGCUGAGUGCGAGUUUGACGAUCACCCCGGCCUCAUUGUACAGCGAAGCCUUGUGAUUACAGGCUGACCACGGUAGUUUUGCCCAAGCCGCAGUCAGGCAGCAUGGCAUUUUGAUGCCGUCAAGUUUGACCCCAACGCAGCCCUCCC